AAUUUUGUGCAGAGCGAAAUGUAUCGUGUCAUGGAAAUGUCACCAUUUCGACUCAACCACUGCUGUCAGCAGAGAAGAUAAAAUCAUAUUUGUCAGUAAAUUACAUCCGCCCUCUGUACAGUAGAUGCUUCAGUUUGUGAUAAGACAUGCUACAUGUUGGUGACUGUCUCAGUCUAUGUUUAGUCAAAUUCAGUAAGCGCUGCAGUGCUGUGAUUGAAUGAAGUGAAAGUUUCGGUGAGCUGCAGUUGUCAGUCAUGUCAGUAAUGACAAUCUCGAGUAUGCACUUAGUGUGGCAUGAAAUCUGAACACCACAUGAAGCUGUCUUUAAGUUUCCAAGAAAAACUUAAGUCCCCAUCGACGGCCUUGGACUGCAAGCAAGAUGGAAAUGCAGUCAGUACAGCGGCCUGUGACGGUCUUUCUAUACAACACCCUAAAGGGGGAACUGAUCUGUAUGGAUUACACCGAAAAUCUUACAGCAGAGGCUCUUUGUAUCUUCUGUGCAAAAAGGUGUAGAAUCCCUCGCUUGAGCACAAAUCUUUACGCUAUUUACGACGGCAACAAGAAACUCUGGCUAUCCCCUGGGGCUAAAGUCUACCCAGAGGAUGUCGGCCUGACGUUCCGGAUGCGGUUUCACAUGUCUAAGUCGCCGAUGAAUAUCACGUCCCUUGAUAAGAACGUUGUUGGGUACCUGUUUGCGCAGUACCAUCAUGACUUCUAUCUGGAUAAGAUUCCUAAGAUUACCAUGGAAGAGACGCUUGGACUGGUCGUCCUGGACAUAGUGCGCUAUGCCAACGAGAAAAAUAUAAGCGUUCAAGCGUGUCUGGGGCGGAAGCACUUCAGGAAGUUUCUACCAAACUCGCUCUCCAAGAAGCUGAAUAUUUUGGACAAGUGGAAACUUAAAAAGAAAAUCAGGACAAGCCUUGACGAGUUCCGUCGCUGCGAUCAGGAUGUCAACAACUGCCACAUGAUGUUCCUUAUCUCACUGAUGGAGGAACAUGAAACAUGGGGCGUGGAGGAGUUUGAAACGGUCAAAGGUCAGAAGUUUGAGGUCAGCAUAACGUACAAGGGAGUAAAACAGACUUCACCAGCCGACCAGGCCAGGUUUUUCAAGCUAUUUUUUGAAGACAUUCUAAGUGUUGGGAUGAUGGCAUCUCAUGCGCCAGGAUCCACUAACUGGAUUGUUCUAGUCAACCAACGCGAAGGACAACCAAAGGAGUUUUUGAUGGAAUGUAAAGAAGACGCCGAGUCAGUAGUUUCCCUUAUCGAUGGCUACUGUCGUCUUCAGGUCGACUUCUAUCAUUACCUUUGUCCCGAGUGUGCACCGCCCUCGCUUGUUCAAUUAGUCAAAAACAGAUGUCACGGACCAAUCCCUCUAUCGUGUGCUAAGAGAAAAAUAGAGGACGCCGGCAUGGAAGACGGGAUUUACCUCAUACGACAAAACCCUGAGGAUUUCUUCAGCUAUUGUCUGACUGUACGAAUGGGCGGUGACAUUAAAAACUACAAGAUUAUGGUGAACGAAGUUGAUGGUUCAGUCUCAUUGCCUGGUCAACGCUCCUUCCCUGAUGUCAGAUCACUGGCCGAGCAUUACCGCAGGGAUGUCAACUGUGCUUGCUUAGAUGGACCUCUUACAAAGGUUGUGUCCUACCAACCAAAAGAAGACUCACUGCACCUCCAUGAUUUAUCGAUGCUGCCCGAACCCCCUCGUCCACGGCCUCCGGAACCCUCGAUAGAGUGGAUCAAAGAGGAGAACAUGUCUGAGAGGAGAAGAAAACUCGGCAGUGGGGAUUUCACUUCGGUCUAUAAAGGAGGAAUCAGGAAACCGGGUAAAGGAAUGGUACCAGUUGCCAUCAAAUGCCCAAACAGGAACAUCUCAUCUAACGUUCAAAAGAAAUUUUGCUCGUCUGUUGACAUGAUGUCGUCGUGGAACAACCAGUCCAUCAUUAAAUUCCUCGGUAUUGGCGCCAAGUUCACGUUAAUCAUGGAGUAUGCGCCGUAUGGAUCUUUAGAUCGUUAUCUGCGGUUAAAUUACCCCACAGUUAACCAGAAUCACUUCAUCUCUAUGGCAGUGCAGCUUGUGGAUGGGUUGGAGUACCUGGAAUCUCGUAAGAUUGUUCACGGCAACAUCUCGGCUAAGAAUGUUCUGGUGGUGAGAAACAGUCCCCAGAUACGGGUCAAGCUUGGAGAUCCCAUGAUGAGUAAAUUCUACCAUAGUCUACCGAUGGACGCUAAGAUGAAUAUUGUUCGAUGGACCGCCCCUGAGCUUCUGCACCCCAAUGUAGAGCCGACGCUGGAGAGUGAUCGCUGGAGCUUUGGGAUGGUAGUCUGGCAAAUUUGGUCUCUUGGCAAAAUCCCAUUUGAAGAUUAUACAGAGUUGGAGGUGUUGCAAAAGUAUAGCAGAUUUGAAUUCCCGCUGUUCUCUUCGAGCUGUUUGGAAGCCGUCAACAAAUUGAUUAAGAACUGCUGGCGCCACACUCCGAUGGAACGCUACACUUGCAAGCAGUUACUCAGAGAGUUCAGCAGCAUAUAUUUACGAGUGCAGAAUGAGGACGGUGCCGAGGGGCUGUACUGGGAGUUCCCAGAAGAUCAGGAGGAUAUUGAUUUAAUUGAAGAGGAUCUCUCAGAGGGCGAGAGGGAGGAUGAUGACCUCUCGGAUGACAACAGUGACGAUCAGACUCUCUUCAAUAAUGACGUCUCCUCAAAUCCUCUGGCACAACCCAACAACAAUCCUGCAAGUACCUACAACCCAGGUGUGUCUAAUACACCAGAGCAACUGCAGAAUGUCAGUCGACUCGUGAAGUUCAAAGGAAUUGAGAAGGUUAUGGAAGGAACACUGACUACUGAGAAGCCACUUGGAGAAGGUCACUUUGGUUGUGUGUACAAAAGCAAAUGGAUCCGUGGAGGCGGCAACAUAAUCGAUGUUGCCAUCAAAGUCAUCAAGCAGGAUACGGACAUGAUGGCGCUAAGUCAGUUUGAAGAAGAGAUAAGACGGAUGUCUCAAUGUGACCAUAAGAACAUCGUCAAAGUCUUAGGAUUCGCUGAAGGGUACGAUUUUCAUCCGCUGUGUAUGGUGAUGGAGUAUUACUCUAUCGGUGCUCUGGACAAAUUCCUUUGCAGGAAGAAGCAUGAGAAGAAUCCAUUGUCAAAGAAAACGAAGCUUCUGUUUUCCCAGCAAGUAGCGCAGGGCAUGGCAUACUUAGGUGAGCAGAAGAUCGUUCAUCGGGACCUAGCAGCACGCAACGUCCUGGUGGCCUCGGACGAAGACUAUUAUAGCGGGCCGGAAGUCAAAAUCUGUGAUUUUGGUCUGGCCCGGAAGUGCAGAGCAGAUGGGUACUACUCACCAACUGGUCAGAACCCGCCACUACCUGUGACAGUUUACCCGCCUGAGAGCAUUGAGGAGCCGACGAAUGCAGGGAGGUUUAGCUGUGCAGGCGAUGUCUGGGGCUAUGGGAUUCUAAUGUGGGAGAUAUUCUCAGAUGGUGCAUCGGCAAGAUACCAAGACGGGAAUCAUACAUUAACAACAAUGAGGGAAGUUCACGACUUCCUGCUGAAGGGAAAUCGUCUGAAGCGACCUGUAGACUGCCCUCAACGUGUUUACAGCGUCAUGUUGGACUGUUGGCGCCUCGAGAAGACGUCUCGACCCAAAUUCAACAUGUUAAUACAACGGCAUGGAGACAUGCUAGAGCAGGAUAUGAUUGAUAACUAGUGAAACCUGGCACGGUUGCCCUUCAAGCAUCAGAAGCAGAACAGGCUGUCAAUGGUAUACAGAAUCUACAAUUUGUAAAUAACAUACGUACAUACAUACAUUAAGGGCAUUUGUAUAGCACCACUACGUCAAGAACGCAGCGCAUUAGAUAGGUACAGAUAAUGUUUGAUACCAUUCUUAAAUGUUCAAAGAGAGUCGGAAUUCCUGAUUGAGAUGGAGAGUGCAUUCCAGGUGUGUGGAGCAAAAUGAGAGAAUAACAACGUAUGUACAUGUAUUGCGCGUAUUGUGCAUUGCGUACGCACAGGCCAGUACGCUUCAUUUUUGAAGGGGGAAGGGCACCAAGGCAUUUUCUGCUUGGUAAAGGGCACCCUAUAGGAAAUUGUUAAUUUUUACUGGGGCUUUGCAAGGGUACCGAGGCAUUGACCUGUGGUUACGGAGGCAAUCACCGCUGUUGCCUCUGUGAAGUUAGCAGGCCUGUUUAAGAGAAGAUUUAUGACCUCAUUUGGGGUAUACUUGGGGUUUUUAUCAGACUUAAAGUCAACAUUUGAGCCUAACUUGUACGAGGCCUGUACGCAUACACUGCGUUGUGAGGGUGCGAGCUAUCCUACACCACCUCGAGACUUGGUCGCCUGCUUGCUUUGCGCGCAAACUUUGUGUCGGGAAAAAGUCCAGCGACCUUGAAUAUGUCUUUCCAGAUGAUCAUUGUGCUUGUAGGGAAAGCGUCUUGUCCCAACGUGUUUUCAAAGAUGUGCUAGUUGUAUUGUUUGGUUCAAAGUGGUAAUAACAUGUAGUAUCAUAAUGGUUUAACCUUCAAAAUACAAAUGUCUUCAUUUAGAAGGCAUGCUUUUUUCAGCUGAUUUUUCUUUAUUUAGUCUGGCUCUGUCGUUGAAUGUUGAGAAACGCGGAACAAAGUCUUGCUUUGGCUGAAAAUGUCCUCUUUGUUUGUCAAGCUGUAGAUGCUUGUUUUACUGCGUGGGUCAGUUUAUUUAUAGUGUACUUAUCAGUGCAAUUUGGCGCAUUGAUGUUAACUACUUAAUCGACGUCUAACAUUUGUACAUUUUGUAAAAUGAAAAUGGUGUAACAACGAUAAGACUUUGUGUUGCCUUGAGUUUUAACCUGAUGUAGUGUCUGAGUCUGGUUAAACACUUUGUUCUUGCAAGGGCAAGACAGUUUUCCUGUGGUAAGGUUCUCCUCUAUAAGGGAUUUGUACAUAUCUUAUGGGACAUAAUCAUUGGGGCACUAGGGCACUGACAAAGGGCAUUAGGGCAAUGAAUUUUCUCCUUUGCCCCCUAUGAAAUACAUGUAUCAGACACUACACAUACUUUUGAAACAUGCGUUUAAAUGGAUUACUUGUUGUCCUUUUUUUCUUAGGUAAGGUGCACCACACUAAGGGAAUUCUAAAUAAGGCACUAAGGCAAUGACCAGGGGGCAUGGGGGCAAUCGUCUGCGCUGCCCCACAAACUAUCAGACAGUAUACCUUCUUUUUAAACAUGCAUGGGAAUGGAUUAAUUUUUCUGUUUUGCCAUAAUUUAUUAACAAAUGUGCACCUCAAGAAGGGAUUUGUUAAGUUCUACUGGAAUAUUUUAAAGGGGCACCAAGACAAUGACUGACUAGGGUAUGUGGGCAAUUUUCUCAUUUGCCCCCAUGAAGUAUCCAACCUUGAAGUUUUGAAACGAGCGUGGACAUCAUUUACUGUUUGAAUAGCCCCCCCCCCCCUUGUAUAGAGAUCUAUAAGGACUGGAAUGUUUCUAAGGGGCCCAAAGGCAAUGACUGACCAGGGGCAUGGGGGCAAUUGUCUCCUUUGCCCCCAUUGAGUUUGAAACCAUGCACUUUUGAAACAUGCAUGGACAUAAUUUUCUGUUUUGAAACAGGUGCACCUCUAUUUAUAAGGACUGGAAUAUUUUAAUGGGGCCGACACCAAGGUGAUAACUGACUAGGGCAUGGGGGGCAAUUGUCUCCUUUGCCACCAUGAAGUAUCAAACCUUGUCCUUUUGAAACAUGCAUGUACACGUUUAUAUAUUUCUAUUUUUAAUUAGUCCCCCCUUUCCCUUGCAAUGGUGCCCCUCUAUAAGGACUGGAAUAUUGUAAGGGGCACCAAGUCAAAGACUGACCAAGGGCAUGGGGGCAAUUGUCUCCUUUGCCACCAUGAACAUGAUGAAGUAUCAAACCUUAGACUUUUGAAACAUGAUGUACAUGUACAUCAUUUUCUGUUCUUAUAUAAUAGUCCCCCCUGCUCCUCUUUAUGGAGAGGAAUAAUUCAGGGGGCACCAAGGCAAUGACUGACCAAGGGCAUGGGGGCAAUUUGCUCAGUUGCCUCCAUGAAGUGUCAACCCCAAGACCAACCUAAAAACCAUGCUUUGGAAAGUUAUAAUAAAAUGUCACCUACAUUGUAUAUAUUAAUGUAAAUAGCACGUUCUCUCUUUCCAUUUACAUAUAUACAUAUAUAACCAAACAAACGUCUAUAAAAUAAACAAAUAAGUAUUUUUGUUUAUUGUUUAGAGCAGAAAUGUGGUAACAUAUUGUUUGACUCUCAUUUGGUCUGUAAUGUAAGGAGUUCUGGAAGUGCCAUCCAACUUGUUCAGAUCAUGAGAUAAAUAAUACUAAAGGAUGAUGACAUUGUAAAGUUUAUUUUUGAUUUGUUUUAGUGCUAACUACAGUAUUAGACUUUUGUACUUGCCAUUAGUCGAUCAGGUUGGUGUAGUGGUUUCUUUCCUCACCUUCCACCUGUGGGACUGUGGUUCGAAUCCCCUGGGGUACUUUGUGGGUUUUCAGUCCCUAUUUUAAUGUCUGGCUUUUCCCUGGUAUAAUUCUCUUAGGUUUUCCAACCCAAGUUUCAUACUUCCUUUCUUGUCUUCUCUUCAGUGGGUUCAACCGUUCUUGGCUUGCUUUAAAGUCGGAAACCUUCCACAUCUAGGACUGUGGUUCGAAACCCAUGGGGGUACUUUGUGGAUAGGUUUUCAGUCUCUAUGUUUUUGUGUGGGUUUUCCCUGGUAGAAUUCUCUCAUGCCUUCCAACCCAAGUCUCGUACUUCUUUUCUUGUCUUCUGUUCAGUGGGUUCUUGGCUUGCUUUGAAGUCUUUUUAUUUGCAACCGUUCACCUCUAGGACUGUGAUUUGAAUCCCCUGGGGGUACUUUGUGGAUAGGUUUUCAGUCUCUAUGUUUUUGUGUGGGUUUUCCCUGGUAGAAUUGUCUUAGGCCUUCCAACCCAAGUCUCGUACUUCUUUUCUUGUCUUCUCUUCAGUGGGUUCAACCGUUUUUGGCUUGCUUUAAAGUCCUUUUUAUUGGCAACCUUCCACCUCUAGGGCUGUGGUUCGAAUCCCCUGGGGGUACUUUGUGGAUAGAUUUUCCGUCCCUAUGUUACUGUGUGGCUUUUCCCUGGACUAGUUCUCUUAGGUUUUUGUCUUAAGUCUCAUCUAUUCUGUUCAGUGGGUUCUUGGCUAGCUUUUAAGGAACACGUUGCCUUGGCGGUCGAGUUGGUCUUUAAAAAGCGUUUGAAAUCCAAAUCUGAUCCAAGGCAUGGUGUGCCUUUUAAGUCCUUUUUAUUGGCAAUAUAUGAUAAAUUUGUUUUUAAAUUGAAUGAUUUUGUUUACUCGAUGUGGUCCAGUGAACUCGAUGAACUUGGAAUGUGCAGUAUGUUUUGUUUUCUUGUCAAAUUAUGUAUUCACUGAAUAAUUUUGCUGGUUAAUGUGAUGAAGUAUUUUACUUGAUAUUGAAAGCUCAAUACCGGACAAGUUUAUCAACUUUUGUAUCAAUGUGUUGGGAACAAAAAUCAAAACAACAUUGUAACAAACGGACUUUGACAAGGUUAGACAACUAAACGUAAACGCACGGGUACAUGGGACUAUUUCUAAAGUUCAAAUCUGUCUCAUCUGCUCAGCAAAGUGUGAUGUCACUUGGGAGAUGGUGCUUUCUGUGCUACCAGCCAUGCUUCUGAUUGAUGAUACCCAAGCCUAUCGUAUGGACUGUACAUUGGGUAACUCUGUUUCAGCCCCAGAAGUUGGUGAUAACGGCCCCUGAAGCCGAUUUCACGAACCGCUAUGAUUUUAGUUAGGACGACUGUAAACGGUUAAACUUAAAGGAUGGGUUCAAAGCGCCCUUCAUGUACUUAAGUCGUCCUAAGACUAAUCGUAUUUUAAGAAGAGUUUGGUGAAAUCGACGGCUGGAAAAAUAGUAGUCCACAUCAUGAUGUGGCUUUCAGGCCUUGUGUGUCCGGCGACUUGCAUGAACUCUCAUCCAAGGAUAAAUCUUAUAGUGCUUUGUAAAAUAGAGCCCAACACAUCAAAUGGCGCUAAUAAAACUUGGAUUAAAAUCACCAGACGUUUUGGCAGAUGUACCACCAUUCACCUUUCCGUCCAUGUGCAGUUGGGGAUGACGUCAUCUGUAUAGUGUGGUUGUUCCCAUAUUGACUUUCGAUUUUGGAAAGAGAGAUCUUCGGGUCAUUUGUAAUAGGUGAAACAUAAUGGUGCGUGCCCUCGGUUCGAGUGUGCACAGUAUAUGGAGUGCCUUGAAUGUCUUUUGUGUAAAUAAGAAUUAAAUUAAUUAAUUGAUAAUGAAAAGUGUAUUUUAUAUCCAGAUUUAUCUCAUUUACAUAGUAUAUAUAGUAUUAAUCAUGGAAAACAAGAUAGAUUAUUUUCCAGUAACUUUAUACAAGGGACUACAGAAAACACGGAAUUAAAGUACAUGGAAGAAAUGCUGCACGAAAGAACAAGGGUGAAGGCUUUUUAAACAAUUUGUUUGUUUUUUGAAAGUCAUUAGAUAUUACAUUACGCUAUCAUUAGUUCUUGCACUUGUGAUAGCACCUUCUUGUUUUCAAGUUAAAACACACACCAGCGCUUUGUAUUAUAAAAUCUAACCAUUAAACUAAGUGCUGGUUCACUCUCUCUUUCAAGAACGGUGAACUCAAAACACCCCUUAUGACGUCACAAGAACAGUUUUUCGUCCAAUGGGCUGCCUUCUUUUCUCUCAGUGGGGGCGCUGUUUUAGGGUGUGACGUCAUACGCGAGAGGGUCCAUUGACAUUUAAGGUUACUCCUUUUUUCACCACGUAACACGUCUGAAGCUACACUUUUUUGUCUAUACUACCAUUUUUUUGUCGCUCUCAAAAUCCAUACAUUGUUGUUCACGAGGAUUAAAAUGACUAUUACGUACGUGUACAGAUGUUUUGUGAUGUAAUUAUUAAGUAAUAUAACAUAGUCUUUAUUGUGUCUAUGUAAGUGUCAAAAUAAAAGAAAUCCAUUACAGAGACAAGGCUUAUGA